UACGAUCUUAAGAUUUUUUUUCAUUAAUUUUUCAUUAAAUCUGGCUACAAGUGUACAAUUCUUGAAAGGAAAAAAACUUUAAUUCCGUAAAUUCACUUUUUCAAAACUAAUAACAAAAUACUUUUGAAAUAUAGAAUUUCAUAGUAUAAUAUUCAAAAAUAUUCUAUGGAAUAAAAUUGUUUGUUUAUUUUUUGAAAAUUGAUAAAGUUACUGACUUAGUGGCUGUGGGCUGCCCAAUUGUUGGUGAUAAAUUUAAAUAUCACAUUUCACGAUCAGAAAAUCGAAGAUAAACAUUGUGUUUUGUGGAAACUAUAGCAGUUUUCCAGCAAACGUUUCUAUUUUUGACUCAGCUGAGUAUUCUAAAUAUUCCACCAAUAUAUAUAUAUAAUUUGUAAUUCUUCCCGUUCACCAAGUUGACUCACAAUAAGAGUUAUCUUUGAUUCCCAGAGAUUACCCCACUUGAUCCUGGGUGCGGAUGCAUGUAUGAAAACAAUAUGUGAAUGAGAUCAUGUGUUUCAUUUUGAGGGAACACCAGUCAAGUGCGCACGCAGUUGAUUAAAGUCUUUUUUUUUAUAUAUGUACAUAUAUUUAGUCUAUCUGGGAGUGAAUGAGAUAGAAAUAGGGAGAGAAACAUUAUAUGGCGUAUAUUAAAUGAGAGCUUUUGCUCUAUAUCAAAAAGUUUAUGUGAUCGCGCGUGAUCGUAGGGAAAAUACAUAUAUAUAUAGACUAUAUAUGUUCUCUGAGACAGCCAUCCGGUAAUAUUAAUGAAUGGGGAAUUUUCAGUGUGAGAGAAAGAGAGGAAGAUCAUGAACGUCGUAUAUCAUGGGGAUAUGUGAAUUUUUCGGUUUUUUGGUGUACUAAGGGGGUGAUCGGGUUGGGAGAGAUCGACGGGGGAUCAAGACAUGCGCCAAUCCAUCCAAUAUGAGUGUAUGUUUGUUUUGUUGCAUAUGGAAAAGAGGAGAUGAGUGAGAUAGAGAUAGGAGAUUUGAGGCAUGUGAGUUACUCGCGGUAAGAUCGUCUGGCUAUAGAGAUUUUCUAUCUGUGCUCGAAAGCCUGUGACUGUUCGGCUUCUGUGACUAGCUGAUCGAUAUACACCACAAAGUUGAGUUUUUUUCUUCAUCGAUUAUAUUCUGAUAAAAAAAAAUAAUUAAAGAAAAAAGUUUCAGCAAUUGUUAUAACUAUUUAACCAAAUGUUUUGAAUAAUUUGUCACAUGUUCUGUUUUCACUUGUUAAUGUCAUAAAACACGACAUUGUUGGACUGUUUCUAAUUCAUUACUUGCUAAUGAUGAUCAUACCAUAAAUAUUAAAGAAAAAGAGACCAAAGGAUGUUGUGGUUAGGAUUAAGCAAGUGAUAAAGAAAGUAAAAAAAAACAUUAUAGAAAUAUUAAAUAAAUUUAGUGAAUAUCCUUUUUUUGUUGGAUCAUGCCACACUGAAAUAAUGAUCUUCAUUUCUGAUGAUCAAACCAUGAUCACAUGGAUUUUCUAUAUGAAAAAAAGUGUUAUUCAAAACAGUUUGGAAAAAAAGCGAGAAUACUGUGCUUCAAUCUCUAAUCUUUAUUUAAUGGUGUACUUGUGAUUAAAUCCAUCCAAAAAAAUGUACAACAUUGUUGCAACAUUUAAGAGAGAGAGUGAUCUAAAAAAAAUAUUCAAGUGAUCUAUUAGAAAUGUUUGAUAAAUUUAAAGUUGUGAGAAAAACACAAUGAAACAACUUGAUGAAAAUUUAGUCGCAUUUUAAAUGAGCAUUUCCUCUAUGUGAAGUAAUGAUAUAGCAAACAACAAGUCUGCGGAAAAUAUUUUCUGUGCCGAAAAAAAAUCUGUGAAUGAUCUUCUUUAAAGUGUUGAAUCCAUCAUGUUAUAUUCUCAAUAAUAAUAAUUGUACAAAAUUAAAUUGAUGAAUCACAUAAUUUUCACUGUGUUAUACAUAAAUGUUCAAUGCAAGUUAAAUGCUUGUAAAUGUGUGUGCAAAAUUGUAACGAUAACUCAUAUGUUCAGUGAAUAAUUUCCGUUUUAAAAUAAACUACAUACAUAAAAGCUUUUUAGACGAAGGGGAGGGCUCUCUUUUAUAAAAUUCAAUGAGAGAUUUUUGGUGUAUGGUGUUGAAAGACAUUUUUAUUGCAUUUGGAUUCUGCGUCAUUGAUUUUAAAUUUGACUCUUGAAAGAUUUUUAUUUUGUGGGAUGCUAAAUAAACAAAUCAUUUCUGCAUGAUGUCUCAUCUUGAAGGUAUAGAAACAACCCUUUCCACCACUUUAAAAUACAAUGGAAUACACAUUUUUGGUCAGAAGUCACAUUAGGGGGAAGUGGUGCUCCACCUUUGAAUGUGGGGCAGCUUUGAAAUUGUAAUUUUUCUCCUAUGUUUAAAUGGAACUGAGCCAUAUCAUUAUGCAUUUUAGCUUCAAAAAGGGUUUAUUUAGCUAAAUUAUACAAGGCUCAAAUUUGUUUAAAAAUAGGUGUAAAAUCCCAAUUUCAAAGCUGCCCCACUUCCCACUAAGCAAUGUGACUGUUUCAAUUCUUUUAAGCAUAAAAAUUUAUAAUUUCAAUAAAAUACACAAUUUUAGGUUCAUUAUAUUUUUGUGUAAAUAUAAAAUAACACAGUGUGAAAACGAAGAUAUUUUAACGCAAUGUUGACGGUAAUUUCACAUGGUAAAAGAGGUAACAAUGCUUAUUCCUUUUUUGUUUCUUUUCUCUCACAAUUUUUGCAAAUUUACACAAAUUACUUCGAGAAAAUGUGUAAUAUAAAUUUUGUGUAAUGGUUAACUGUGUAAUUGUAAGAAAUAAAUAGCAACAGAGACCACAUACACAGUUGUAUACAAAUUAUUACACGUUUUGUGUAAAAUAACACAUAUUUUAGGCACAAUGUUUAAAAAUUACAUAAGUGCAAUAAAUAUGAAGCAGUAGGGCUACGGCAUUACUUAUGGCUUGUCUAUACUCAUCGAAUUAUCGAAAUUAUUGUCAAAAAAAAAAUGAUUUCGAAGAACCACAAAAUCAUGUUGAGCAUUCAUAAUGCAACAAGAAUUCCUUAUUUUGUAGUUCUUAGGAACCAUUUCAUGACAAAAAAUUAAUAUUUGUACAAGGAGACCAUAAGUAUGGACGGACUAUAAGGACUAUAAGUAAUGCCCCAACAUUACACAAAAAUUACACAUUAAUGAACAUUAGCUAUGGAAAUCAUGGUAAAACUAAUGUUUUUUAACAGUGCAUUGAUAAAAUGACCCAAAAAUGAUCAAUUAUUAAAGCUUUAAAAAUUUUGUGUUCAAUUCAAUAUUCAAAUAUUACACAAAAAGGGAUUUACACUUUAUUUAAAGGGAUUGUGAAUAUGAAUUAAUUUUCGCUUUAUUUGGAGCAAAAUAAACUAAAUAAUGAAACUGUGGUAUAGAAAAUAUUAUAAAUAAAAAUUUAAUACUGUAUUUAUCAUGCAAAAAUUAUGUUUCCAUUUGGAGUACCGAAAAGUCUCCAUUUGGAACAGGUUUUCAAUUAGCUUAAUUUACCCUAAUUUAAAAUAAUAUUUAAUGUUUUGUAUAAGUGGUGGAAAGGGGUAUUAAUCUGGUCGAUAUGAGUACUUGAGCCUCUCUAAUGGAAAGGAAAUAGUUUCUAAAGGGGCCAAAUUGACUCAGACUGAUCCUGAAAAUAUUUAGCCUGAAAACAUUUCGCAGUAAAGAUUUAUCGCAAACUGUACUUGAUUGACAAAUGACUGAUUGAUCCUUUAGGCGGCAUUUAUAGGGGGGGGGGGGAGACUUUUGAUUCGAAACUGUUCUUUCGAAAUAAAAAUAUCUCACUGAGCUUUCUUACCGUGUCAUUUUGCCUACUCUCAGGCGCACAAAAUAUUGCAUUGAACUUUCUCUCAGUAACAAUUGCCUACCUUCUGGCGCAUAAAAUAGCACACUCAAGCUUUCUCAGUGGAAAUUGCCUACCUUCUGGCGUACAAAAUAACUCUUCGAAAGCUCAAUCCGCUGUUUUGUUAUUGAUAAAUAUAAAGUGCUGUCCGUGCAGAUUUUUCAAGGAUAUCUUUAAAAAUACCUAGUGUUACAAUGAAUUUUUUUAGUGAAUUUAAUUUUCAUUUUAAUAGAUUGUUUCUCUAUUUUUAAUAACAGUUACACAACACAAAUAAGGAGAAGAUCUGUUGAGUAAAGUCUCCAAAAAACGAAAUAUUGCUAUCAAGAGAACACAAGGUGUACUAAAGUACGAUGAAGGUUUUCAUAAAGUCUAUCUAUCAUGAAUUAUAUAAAAGAAAACUAAACAUUAGCUAUUGCAAAACAACUUCAUUAGUAAAACCUUUUCGGAUUGUAAAGUAACUGACGAUGUUUCCUUAAAUUCCUGACAACAUAUCAUAAAACCCUGCGGUGAGACGAGUUUGAUAUAAUAUCUUUUUUUAAUUUAUUUUUCAUCAACCAUUAAUAUUUACUUGGUAACCCUUUGACUUCUAUUAUAUUAUUGUCAAUACCACGUACCUCAAAGCAAGUUCGAAACGUUUCGGAAUAAAAUAGAAAGUCUGUUAGACUUUCUAUUUUAGUCGAGACACAAAUGGGAGAAUUAUAACAGCUAACUGGGAGAUUUUAUUCAGACACAAACCUCAAGGGGAGAUUUUCCAAGACUCGCCGGUGCAUAGCACAGUGGGGUGCAUUUUUGAAAUACCCUCAUUUAAAAGCAGGCUUACUGACAAAUUUUGCAGUCUAUUGAGAAUCAGCCUGAGUCUAUUUGAGCCCUAACGUUAUUGAUAAAACGUAUUUAGAAGAUCGGAUUGAGAGUCAAUAGAAGAUUUUGUUGGCUAAUCUUUUUAUAUAGUAAAAUAUCCUUUUGACAAAUAUUAAAAAAAAAAAAUAGGGUUCAUUCUUGGGUAGGUACAGCCAAGAAAAUCCACCCCAUAUCAUCAUGCUUGUUUUUCAUGAUUUUCGAUGAUCCUCCCGCCAAAAAAGAUCGAUUGACGAUCAUAAUGUUUUUCACUUGUUGAACAUGGAAAAAUCCUUGAUUCUUUUUAUACAAGAAAAAAACUUUUUUUAUCUUCCUUCUUGUGUAUUUUCACAAAAUUUAUACACAGUGUAUGUGUAUGUUAUAUUUUUGCUUCCCAAUCAUAUUGUAUUUUUAGCUUUUAAAACAACCACAAUCUCUAUGUGUUGAAGUAAAUGUGCUACAAAUUUAGAUAUAAACCGUAAGUGAGAGAUGAUUUUGGUGGGUACAAGAAAUGAGGGGGCAAAAGAGGGAGAGAGGUGAAGAAGUUGUGGAGGAGGGAUUUUCAGCGUUUUUCUUCUAACAAGUGAUCUUCAAUUUUUUUUUUUGAGAAGAAAAUCUUUUCGUGUGAUGUCUUUAGGGCUUUCAAAAAAAAAAGAGCAAAUGAAGUGGAAUGAUGAUAAUAAUGAUGUGAAUGCAAUAAAUUUGUCUUUCAUAUCAGAGUCUUUAGGUUUCAUCGUAUUCAUUUUGGUUAAUAAAUUUAGGGUGGUGUUUAGAGUCAAGAGUUUUCUCAUGAAGAGCGAAACUACUUAGGAAAAUGUGCUAGAGAACUCUUUGAAGGAGAAAAAGAAACUUUGAGGUAAAAAUAUAAAUAUAUUUAAAAAAAAACAGUGAGUGUGUGCAAUCUGUUCUGAAGAAAAAGGAAAAGAAAAAAAAACAGUGAAUAUAUACAAGAAAAGUGUGUUUUGGAAAAGUGUGGAAAACUAUGCAUUCAACCAGUUGGGAUGAAGGUACAACGAAAUGUACACCGAGAAAUGCUCUCUUUUGCUGUCACUCCCAACCAUGUCUCAAUCCAGAUGCCCCACGACUGUUGCCAGUUGAAUCCCAUGAGUCUGUGGCGAUUGUGACACCUCAGCUGAGGCAGCCAACACCAACAGCCACGAUUAAAACUCGAUCACCGUCACUGCCAACAUCGGCGCCGUCGUCGGCCAGCGCCAAUGCCAACAAUUUGGCGGGCGUACAGAUGCCGAUGGAUGGCGUCAGUACGCUUCAAGUGCCGAAGCAAUCCAAUCGAAAAUCUUCAAAUUCAUCCUGUGGAUCAACAUCAACCUCAGUGUCUCCGUUGGUUGUGAACGGUAUUGCUGGGCAGCAGUCGUCGCAGAAGUAUCAUAGUUCAAGGGAUAAGAAGCACCAUCACCAUAGGCAUCAUCAUCACCAUCAUCAUCACCAUCACAAUCGACAGAAGGAGGUGGAUGAGGCUAAGAAUAAGGAGAACGAAACAGUGACUAAUGGUGAGGCACACAAUGUGGAGGAGGAUGAGGCAGCAGCUGGUCAGGAGGACGUGAAGCCACAGCAAAAAUUGAGAAAGUACGUGAUAAAGAAGAUCACGAUUCGCAAACAAGACGGAAGUACCAGGAAGAUUAUUAUAAAGAAGCCUCUGGACUUACCCGACGCACCGUUAAAAUUGACAAAGACAGACAAUCGAAUGUCAACGUACGAUUUGGCGGAUUAUUGUGAAAAUCAAUUGAAUAUGAUGAUGUAUCCUACAAUGGAGUCACAUGUGGUGUCAACGGCUGCAGGCAAUCAGAAUGUGGCCGUAUGUUCGGCACCAAUAGCAUCUCAAGUGCCAAUGAGUCAAGUAAUAUAUUGUGAUAGCAGCAAUCAAAACUGUGGUAAUACUAGUAGUAAUGUAGGGAAUUUAAGUGGUGGAAGUGUGAGAAAGAAUAGCAAAGUUGUUAUAAUUGAUGGUGUUCCAAUAACAUCAAGUGAACCCAUUACAAUUGUCAAUUCAACGGAUUUGGAUGAUGAUGAUGAUUUAAUUGAUUUGACAACACCACCUGGAUCAACUGGAACAUCAUUGAGAAAUUGUGACAUGUACAAUGCAGAAAUUGACUAUAUGAAUAACUAUCUGAAAAGUUUGCCUAGCUAUAGUGAUUUGGAUAAUAAAACAAUCUAUGGAAGUAGUAGUGGAUACGGUAGUAGUCAGAGUAUCAAACAAGAUGCAAUUUAUACCCCAUUUGCUUACAAUUUAUCCCAUCCAGGAGGAGAUGAUGGAAUGAAAAAUGCCAAAUUAUCUAAAUCAAACUCCUAUCACAGUAUUAUGAAUAGUGGUGGAAAUUGUAUGUCGACAUUUGGGAAGAGGCAGGAUGGUUUUGGUUUUGCCAAUUCAUUUUCAACGGGAGGUUGUAUGCCACAAUCUAAUAAAAUUAGCCGUAGUACCUCUAGUUCUCAAAUACCUGUGUUCAAGCCUCAAUUUCCCGGAUCAUUUUAUCAGACAACAACACCCAAAGAGGCUCAUGAGCCACCACAAGUGUUUCAGAAGGGUAUCCAAAAGAGUAUUUCAUCGACAUCCUUUAUUCCCUACAAUGGUCCCCAAACACCGCCAACCAAUGGGAAUUCAGGGAAGAGAAUUCUAAAUGAUUUUUGGAGUGAAAAUGUCAACAAUAGAAGUGCAAAUAAAAAUAAAAUUGGUUGGAAUUAUGAUAAGAUAAUAUCAGGAUCUAGGGAUGAUCUACGAUGCAAUGGUCCUCCGGGGAAUCAAUCCAAACAGGAGAAUAAUUUAUCAAAUGGUCCACAAAAUGGUAGUUUUCAGUUACGUAAGAACUUCUCACACUCUCACCUCGAUAGGGAGGCAAAUUUGCGGAAUCUGUCGAAGGAAGAUUUGUAUAAAUUAGUUUGUCACGAGAGUCAACCACAAUUCGGUGUGAAGCAGGAAACCGCAAAGAGUACGGAACAAUUUAAUCCAAUAUCAAAGAGUAUUUCAUAUACCAAUGUACCAAUAUCGCAUGGGAAUAUGCCGAUGUAUGGAUCAAAAAGUUAUAUCAAUAGUAAGAUGAAUCUACCAUGGUUGACCACAAAUGUCCGGCAACCGGCUACGACACUUCAGCGACAACCGGUGAUUUUGUGCAAAAGUUCCUCAAAUAGUUGUAUAACUAGUCAAAUGCCAGCUGUGAAAGUGACAGAGUUGACAGAUAAAUCUAUGGGUCCAGCGAGGUGUCUUAUGAAGAGUACCUCAAGUUCUUGUGUCUUUGGGAAAAGAAUCGGUGGAGGAGGAGGAGGAGGAGAAGUUUUUGGUAAGGGUCCACCACCACCUCCUCCACCAAAGUCUGAAUCAACUUAUCAGCAAUUUGCUGCAGCUGUAACAGCAGCAACAUCUCCAUUGUGGAAUGAUUAUAUGUCUGGUGGUGAUAUCAGUUCGUCAAAUCGAAAGGUGCUACGAAACAAUGAUCUACUCCUGAGGAAGAGUUCGGGCAAUAAUGUGCCAACGACAGCAACAACAACGACAAAUGGUGCUCAACCAACAUGUGCAGAUAAUUUCUUCAUCAAACAAAAUAUCCCACAACCCAAUAAAGUCGUGAUCAAUUAUCCACCAUUCACAAAGAUCUCCAGCAUUCACAUCCCGAUAAAUGGUCAAUUGCCAUCGGCAUUCCAGUCAACGGGUGCUUCUGGUGGUGGUACAUCUUCUGGCAAAGGUGAAAAAACUGCUGGGACAUUAGCAGCAGCAUCAGCAGCAGCAGCGUCCAGUGUCGCCAGUGUGACUACACCACAGUCCACACCAAAUUUGCAUGGUAAUGAGGCGACGACGCAGAGAAUUGGUGGGACAACAAGUGUAAGAACGGAUUCUGGGAAUCGUGUGGCGACUGCGACGACGAAUGUUGUUGGGAAGUGCAGUGAAAAGAAGUUGGAUGAUAAAUUGGAUCAAAAUAUAGCGUCACUGUUAAAUCUUGGGACUGAAUGGAAUAAAUCACUGGUACAACCACCACCUCCAGUGACUGUGUCAUCAUCAUCAAUGUCUCAGCAGACCACGACAGUGGUGGUGCCUCCACAUAUAUCAUGUGGUGGUGGUGAGAAUAAUGUUGGGAAAAAAAUCACAUACACGGAUCUACUGUCGCAACCACCAUCAUCAUCAUUUGCAACUGGUGCAACGAGCAUUCCCACACUGUCUGACCACGAGAUACGCAAGGAGACCACGCUGAAUUUCUUUCAGCGUCCACCACCGGAUCAAUGUGGUGUGGGCAGGAAUACAAAUCAGGUUUCAGGUGCACCAGACACCCAAAAUCGAAUUCCAGCCAAUUUUAAAUUAUCCCAAUCCACAUCCAAAACCUCCUUUAUACAGCAACCACCUCAGCAAUCGGCAAUAUUUUCCUCAAAAGCCAAUAUCGUUAUUGAACCAUCAAAUGGACAUCCAAAGCCCAAACUAUGGUUCCCACCACCACCGCCACCACUACCUUCAGUCACGAUCCCAACACUUCAUCCACCGGCACCUGUUGAUGGAAGUGGUGAUCUUCAGUCACAGCCAAUUCCACAAAAUCUCCAUCUCAACAGUAGUGAUUUCAUGUCUUGUCUAGACAAUGAGGCCACGAGACCCCCAUCGAUCCGGGAUGAUAAGGAGGGACACUUGAUUUAUCACACCGGCGACAUUCUGCAUAACAGAUACAAAAUUUUGGCCACGUUGGGUGAAGGAACCUUUGGGCGUGUUGUUAAGGUCAAGGAUUUGCAGAUGGAUCACUGCAUGGCACUGAAGAUCAUCAAGAACGUGGAAAAAUAUCGUGAAGCUGCCAAGCUUGAGAUAAAUGCAUUGGAGAAAAUUGCCGAGAAGGAUCCAAAUUGCGAACAUUUAUGUGUGCGAAUGCUGGAUUGGUUCAACUAUCACGGUCACAUGUGUAUUGCGUUCGAGAUGUUGGGAUUGAGUGUUUUCGAUUUUCUGAGGGAAAACAAUUAUGAACCUUAUCCUCUCGACCAUGUACGCCACAUGUCGUACCAAUUGAUCUAUUCAGUGAAAUUUCUCCAUGACAAUAAGCUGACGCAUACAGAUCUGAAGCCAGAAAAUAUCCUAUUUGUGGAUUCUGAGUUCAAUACAACGUUCAAUCACAAGAAGAGCCGCGAUGUUCACUAUGUCAAGUGCACCGAUGUGCGUCUAAUUGAUUUUGGCAGUGCCACUUUUGAUCAUGAACACCAUAGUACCAUUGUGUCAACGCGCCACUAUCGUGCUCCAGAAGUUAUCUUGGAAUUGGGUUGGUCACAGCCGUGCGAUGUUUGGUCAAUUGGGUGUAUAAUGUUUGAGUUGUAUUUGGGAAUUACACUUUUCCAAACACACGACAACAGAGAACAUUUGGCUAUGAUGGAGAGGAUUCUUGGAGCUAUACCAUACAGAAUGGCCAAGAAAACAAAGACAAAGUACUUCUAUCAUGGGAAGUUGAAUUGGGAUGAAAAAUCAUCUGCCGGACGAUACGUGCGUGAUCAUUGCAAACCACUCGAGAAGUAUAUGCUGUCGAAGAGUUCAGAUCACGUGCAGUUGUUCGACUUAAUAAAGAAGAUGCUUGAAUAUGAGCCAAGUCAACGCUUAACAUUAGGUGAGGCUCUUCGUCAUCCAUUUUUUGCCAAAUUACCCCCACAUCAGCGGUUAGCUGACAAGGAUUUGGCAAAUUCGUCAAAUAGCAGCCGUGAACGAUCUCAUAGUCUCUCAAGAUGAGAUUCAGCACGAUUUGGUUAUUAUUAAACAAUUACAGUUGUAACUAUUCCGCCCUUCCUUCUACAAUCCCUCUCAAUUGUUCAGUUUGUUUUUUUCCCUUUUUAUCUCUCUUUCUCUUUCGGGGAUUAAUUUGUAAUUUUUUGCUCUCGGAAAUAAAAAACUAUUGAAAUUUUUCAUUCUUUGGGAAAACUCUGAAUGAGAAAUUUCAUAUUUAUUUAUUUUUUAUUUUGAUGAAUUUAAGAUCUUCUAUGCGUGACUUUUUUUACUUUGAUUUUUUCUUGUAUUUAUUUUACUAAAGAGACGCACAAGAAAUAGCAGAAAAAAUCCGCAUAUGGUUUUUCUUUGAAAAUAUUUGCUCUAAGCUAGAGUACUCUAGCCUAGAGAGAAAUAUUACAGAGUGCAGAAAAUCCAAGGAGGGAUAAAAAGGGAAAUUUUGUGAAGGAAAGAAAAUGGUCCACUGUAGAAUUUUUUGGUUAUUUCUUUUUUGUGAAGCGGGUUUUCCAACGUGGAAAAAUAAAUUAUGCAUCAGAGCAAAUAAAAAAAGUUCACGUUUAACGAAAAGAAAGGAAAAAACGAUCCGCAAUUUCUUUUUUUUUUUUUGGAAAUAAAGAAAAAAGAAAAGUUAAAUUUUUUUGUAAUCCAACGGAACGGAGAAUAAAACAUAUUGGGGAGAAACGUGUAAAAAAAAGAGCAUAGAGAUAUAUUUCUAUGGAGGCGAAAAGCUACAAUGUGGGAGUUAAUUGAUUAAUGAUAAACCAAAUCGUAGAUCCGGAAAAUUUAUAAUAAAUGAAAACCUUUAAUUUAAUUGUGUAAAACUGAAUGAUAAAACUGAUAUUUCAAAUUUUUCCAAUUUUUAUUUAGCAUUAUUUCUAUUUGUUUUUCUUUCUGUAAUCUUAUUUUUUUCUUUUUCUUUGCAAAAAAAGAAAAAUGUCAAACAAAAUUUCUUAUUUUGUGUCCUAUAUUUUUUCGAUUUAGGUUUUACUAUGUUAUUUUUUAUUUAGUCCUCACUGUUUUCCUAAGACACUUUCCUAUCUGUCUUUUUAAUUUUUUUUGCUGACUUUGAAAAAAAAAGAACUUUGUCAUAAUAGUGAAAAGUGUCUCUUAAUUUUUAAAGAACAAUUUUACCUGUAGAUGACAAAAAAACAAUGAUUAUAGAAAAAAGUCAAGAAGGAGAGUAACAAUUAAAGUGGUAUUCAAUUAAAAUUAAGAGUUUUUUGAAUUUAUCUGAAGGAGCGAAAAAAAAAUUUAAAGCAAAAAUUUCAGAAGAUUAUUCUUUUGAUAUUUGAUUUUGAUGUUUUAUUUUGUAAUGAAGCAUAGAUUUUAUUUACAAAAAAAAACUACUGAAAACCACAAAAGUAAAAAUAGUUGAAAUAGAAAAUCACAAAUUCUUAUGUGAUUAAUUCUGUCUCACUGCAGAACAAAAAAAAAAGAAUUUGUUAAAAUGUAAAAAAAAAUAAACAAAUUCUAAAAAAAUGAGAAAUAAAGAUUCCUAGAUAAUUUCUAGACAAAAAAAAACAAGAAAAUCACCUAUAAUCUAUGCAUAAAUUAAUUUACAAUGAUGAACAUAAUGAAAAAUUAUUAUAAUGAUGAUGAUUGUUUAAGAAGGAUUACCUAGAAAUAAAUGAAAAAAGAGUUGUGAAAAUAUUCUAAUUUUGAGCAAAAAAAAAACUUGUUCUGCCGUAAAAUAUUUUUGCCAGUAAA